CACUCCGAGGCGGCCACUGGCCCGAGACGAAAAUCCGAGCCCGUCCGGCUGCCCAUCACCUUCUCCGCCGCGGGCCUCCAGCCCGGUGGCCGAGAAGGCGAGGUCUAACGUUUACGCCGCCGGCUCCUCGCGAAGACGGCGCUCGAUUUAAUCGGCCUGUCCCCGGCUCCGGGAGGCGGACUCGCAGCGGCCGCCCCAAGGCCAGAGCCGCAGCGCAGUGCGCACGCGCGGGAGACCGCGGAGCCACCGAUGGAGCCGUCCGGAGGGGAGCAAGCGCCCAGAGCCGUCAGGCUCCUGGACCUGCCUUGGGAAGACGUGCUGCUCCCACACGUCCUGAGUCUGGUCCCGCUGCGCCAGCUGCUCCGGCUGCAGCGCGUCAGUCGGGCCUUCCAGGCCCUGGUGCAGUUGCACCUGGCGGGGCUGCGCCGCUUUGACGCCGCUCAGCUGGGUCCGCAGAUCCCGCGGGCCGCGUUGACCUGCCUACUGCGGGACGCCGAAGGGCUGCAGGAGCUGGCGCUGGCGCCCUGUCACGAAUGGCUCUCAGACGAGGACCUGCUGCCCGUGCUGGCGCGGAACCCACAGCUGCGCAGCGUGGCUCUGGCCAGCUGCGGGCAACUGAGCCGCUGCGCGCUGGGGGCGCUGGCCGAAGGCUGCCCCCGCCUGCAGCGCCUGUCGCUUGCGCACUGUGACUGGGUGGAUGGGCUGGCGCUGCGGGGCCUCGCCGACCGCUGCCCCGCUCUCGAGGAGCUGGACCUCACUGCCUGCCGGCAGCUCAAGGAUGAAGCCAUCGUGUACCUGGCGCAGAGGCGCGGCGCGAGCCUUCGCAGCGUCUCGCUCGCCGUUAAUGCCAACGUGGGGGACACCGCCGUCCAGGAGUUGGCCCGCAACUGCCCGCAGCUCCAGCACCUUGACCUAACCGGCUGCCUCCGUGUGGGAAGCGACAGCAUCAGGACUUUGGCCGAGUACUGCCCGGCGCUGCGUUCACUGCGGGUUCGACACUGCCACCAUGUGGCUGAAGUCAGCCUGAGCCGCUUGCGGAAGCGUGGUGUGGACAUCGAUGUGGAGCCACCACUGCACCAGGCCCUGGUACUGCUGCGGGACAUGGCCGGCUUCGCACCCUUCGUCAACCUGCAGGUCUAACUCACGCUCCCAUGGGACACAGCUGGACUGUGUGGCCGGGCCUGACUGUGAGCUAGAGGGAAGCCGGACUGUGGGGGCCAAGGCCCGGCCCUACCCAGAGCAUCCAAUAAAGAGCUUUUCACCCCU